GAGCCGAAAGCAGCCACUUAACUGAGUGAGCCACCCAGGCGCCCCUCACCUUCCGUCUUCUGUCACAUUCUGCGUGUGUGACAUCACCACACUCCCGGUCACCGUUCUGGCCACGUGUGGACAUCUAAAUGACUGGCAGGAGAUCUCUGGGACUGUAUGUCAGUACUUCGUAACCCUGCCCUUUGCUGGGACUGGUUCUGGAUUUAGAUUCACGACUUAGGUCCUAAGGGUCAUUGAUUCAUUUCUACAUGAGUUAUGGGGUCUCAGCCACGUGACUGAAGGGCUGGGGACUCCACAGUCCAUGAAGGAAUCACUGAGAGCACGUUUCCUUUUCUCUGGCCCUUGUCCUGGGCCGGAGUUCCCACCCACUGAUAAUCUGUUCUCCAAGGCCGUCCUGGGAGGAAUUUUCAGACUGGCCUGAGUCCUGGGCUUUCCAGGACAGGCGCUGCUUUAAACUCCGGAUUUGUGGGACAGGGCUCUUUGGACUUAACUUUGCCCGAGGCUCCUACAGUUGGUGUGAUCUGGGCAGUUCGGAGCUAAGCAGAGUGAUGUCUAGCGGGAGAGAGGAGAAGUGUGUGCUCUUUUUGUCAUUUAGGUGUAUCUCCAAGAGCCCUGUCUGGUCCUAGAUCUAGAAACAGAGAUCUGGAUAGUGCGCGGUGAGCCAGGGGCGGCAGAGAGGUAGGAGCACCAGAGGACCUAGGACCUUCUGCAUACAGAGGCGGCCCCCGCCCCCAGAGGCUGGGGGAGAGAUAGGAGAGUCUUUUUAGGGCUGUGCCUUCCCCUGGUGGCUUCGCUUUUGGCGGUCAUGGGGGUGGGGCCAAGAGAGCAGAGCUCACCUUCGCCCCGCCCACCCCUCCUCAGCCUAUAAAUUGCAAGCAUAGGUCUGGAAAGCCCUUCUGCUCAGUGCAAAAGCCAGCACCAUGGUCCUGAUCCUGGGUUACUGGGACAUUCGUGGGCUGGCUCACGCCAUCCGUCUGCUCCUGGAGUACACGGACUCACACUAUGAGGAAAAGAAGUACACGAUGGGGGACGCUCCCGACUAUGACAGAAGCCAGUGGCUGAAUGAAAAAUUCAAGCUGGGCCUGGACUUCCCCAAUCUGCCCUAUUUAAUUGAUGGGGCUCACAAGGUCACCCAGAGCAACGCCAUCCUUCGCUACAUUGCUCGCAAACACAACCUAUGUGGGGAGACAGAAGAGGAGAAGAUUCGCGUGGACAUUUUGGAGAACCAAGCUAUGGACACCUCUAAUGAGCUGGCCAGGGUCUGCUACAGCCCCGACUUUGAGAAACUGAGGCCUGGAUACCUGGAGGGCCUCCCUGACAAACUGAAGCUCUACUCACAGUUUCUGGGGAAGAGGCCUUGGUUUACAGGAGAGAAGCUCACCUACGUGGAUUUCCUGGCUUAUGACAUCCUUGACCUGCACCGCAUAUUUGAGCCGAAGUCUCUGGAAGCCUUCCCAAACCUGAAGGAGUUCAUGGCCCGCGUUGAGGGCCUGAAGAAGAUCUCUGCCUACAUGAAGUCUGGCCGCUUCCUCCCAUACCCGGUGUACACAAAGAUGGCUGUAUGGGGCAACAAGUAGGCCUGCGUGAGGGGAAAUGUGGGCAAGGAGCCAGUGCUGUGUUUUGUGCAGGAGUCCUGGGAGCAGCUGCACCUCCCUGUUCCCUGAAACCAGCUGUCUUUCUCCUCCUUUUCUUUCUGGUAACUCCCACCCAGCCUCAUUGGGCCCCUUGACCUUGUCCAGUGACAUUCAUCCAGGACCUUUACAGGUGUCCAACGCCCCACUUUUCUUCGCCCAAGUGCCCCCUCCACCCCUAGCAUUAUCCUUCCUGCACUCAAGCCAACCAGACCUUUCUUCUCUGACCAGCAGUUGGACACUGUGGAGCCCGACUGUCUCCCUGGCCCUUGGGCUCUGCCUGAGUUCCUCCCAGCGCUGCGUGAGGACAAGAGUGCAGGCCUGGCUCCCCCAGCGGGGUCCCUCCCCAGCCAUGCCUGACCCCCAGUAAAGCCUUCAUCCUUA